CCAUGGCGCCCGCCAACCUGACCCACUCCUUGCCCUCCACAUUCCUGCUGCAAGGCAUCCCCGGACUGGAAGCCCACCACGUGUGGCUCUCUGUGCCCGUGUGCACCAUCUACGUGGUGAUCAUUGCUGGGAACUGCACCAUUCUCUGGGUGGUCGCCACAGAGCCAGCCCUGCACAGACCCAUGUGCUACCUCCUCUGCAUGCUUGCGGCCAUCGACUUGGCUGCCUCCACCACCACCUUGCCCAAGAUGCUCUGCAUCUUCUGGUUCCAGGGUGGGGAGAUCCAGGCUGGUGCCUGCCUGGCCCAGAUGUUCUUCAUCCACGCUUUGUGCAUGAUGGAGUCAGCUGUGCUGCUGGCCAUGGCACUGGACCGAUACGUGGCCAUCUGCUUCCCCCUCCGAUACAACUCUUUGUUCACGGGGUCGCUUGUGGCCAAGAUGGGUGUGGCUGGAGUUGUCCGAGGAACGCUGCUCAUGGCACCUUGUCCUUUCCUGAUUCAAAGGCUGUCCUACUGCCGGGCAAACAUCAUCCAUCAUACGUACUGCGAGCACAUGGCGGUGGUGAAGCUGGCCUGUGGGGACACCAGUAUCAACCGCACCUAUGGGUUGGCCGUGGCCCUGCUAGUCAUUGGAGGGGAUCUGCUAGGCAUUGGCCUUUCCUACUCCUUCAUUGUCCGUGCGGUGCUGCGCCUCUCCUCCCAUGAGGCGAGGCUCAAGGCCUUUGGGACCUGUGGCUCCCACAUCAGCGUCAUCCUCAUUUCUUACAGCCCUGCCCUCUUCUCCUUCUUCACUCACCGCUUUGGCCACAGCGUGGCUCCUCAUGUCCACAUCCUACUGGCCAACCUCUACCUGCUCUUUCCUCCCAUGCUGAACCCCAUCGUGUAUGGAGUGAGGACCAAGGAGAUCCGCCAACGGGUCCUCAGAGUCUUUCUGCCAGGCAGAGGUGAUGCCAAACCCAGGCGUGGCUGACUCUGCAUCCACUUAGCUUCAUCCCUUCAAUGGUCCCUUGUGAUUUCAGCUGUGAUUAUUCAACCGUUGCUUGAGGGACUGUGGAAAAGCUUGGGAAAGACCUUUGGCAACCUGGUGUGGUUCUUCCCUUUUAAAGAGACUUCAAAGAGCUUUUGUAGGUCCAAUGGCUGCCUACCUGUGUGUUCUUGUGAGCACCUUG